AUGGGGGUCCCAAACCAGCAUUUUACCCAAUUUACCAGACUGGAGGAAUUGGCAGCCACAGUAACAUCGUCGGUCGCUACGAUCAAGGGCUAUCUUCAGUCUCAUGAUCAGGCCGAGCCGUCAUUCGAGCCGGACGCACCAUUAUCUCUACCAGAGGAGCUCAGCGCCGCUCAAGACUCCGCUCUGAACGCCGUGACGGAGCUCUAUGAUCUACUGGUACACCCGCUCCAUGCUAUGGUGCUGGGCUCGCCCGCAAAUUACAUGAGCCUGAAUGUGAUCCGCCGGUUCCAGAUCGCCAGCACAUUUGCGCCUAACGAGAACUCCAGUUUCGCGGAAAUCGCUGCCCGGACCGGACUUCGUGAAAGCACAGUCAAACACAUACUGCGGCAUGCGAUGACCCUUCGUGUUUUUUGUGAACCCAGCAAGGGGGUUGUUGCCCACACUGCGCGAUCUAUUUUGUUCCGAUUACCUGCUGAGGCCGAUUUCGUGGGCGUCUGUGUCGAAGAAAUCGAUCCGGCUGUGUUAAGGGCGGCAGAAGCGUUUGAAAAGUGGCCCCGCACAGAAGAGCCAAACGAGACGGGCUUCGCAUUGGCCCAUAACGUCAAUCGCGCCCUCUAUGAGGUCCUUCAGGAUGACCCUGUGCGCGCCAAUCGCUUCGCAAAUAAUAUGAAUAUUUUCAGCCGUGGGCCAGAAUUCAGCGCUUCUCACGUCGUCAGUGGGUAUAACUGGGCAGCGCUCGGUAACGGUACAGUAGUAGAUAUCGGCGGAUCGCGCGGCCACAUCGCCGUGGCGCUCGCGUCGCAAUAUCCGGAGCUACAAGUGAUCGUGCAAGAUCAAGACAGCACUAUCACUGACGCAGAGAAAGACAUCCCGUCCUCUGUGGCUGGCCGUGUGCGCUUUAUGGCGCAUGACUUUUUUAAGGAGCAGCCUGUCCAGGCGGAUGUUUACAUCUUACGAUGGAUUUUGCAUAACUGGUCGGAUAAGUACUGUCUAAACAUAUUAAGGGCGCUAGCACCGGCAUUGAAGCCGGGGGCCCGGGUUCUUAUUAAUGAGAUUUGCUUGCCAGAGCCUGGGGAGGUGCCGUUGUGGAAGGAAAGGGUUCUAAGAACUAUGAACCUUACCAUGAUGAGUCUUUUUAAUGCUCAUGAGCGGGAUGAAGAUGAAUGGCGCGAUCUGUUGCGUCGUGCGGAUGCUAGAUUCGAGUUUAUAGGCGUCCAGCAGCCAUCGGGCUCACAUUUAGCGCUCAUCGAGGCAAAGUGGAUGGAUCCCUGUCACAUCUAG